GGGCGGUCCCGGAGCCGGGGGACAAACCGGCUGCCUGGAGGGGUGCGGGAGGCUGGGGAUGAGCGGGCUCCGGGUCCCCGAGGCUGAAAGGGGCGCUGACUUCUCCAGCUGCACUUGGGCUGCGGGACCAUCAAAGCCAACACACUCAACCUUGUUUUCCCCCUGUUAUAAAUGAUCGACGAGAAAGCCAAAUUUAUAAAUGGGAAAGAUUUUAUUUUCGCUACCAGAAAUACGCUCCUCAAAAAGCCACAGUCAAAGAGAGCAUCGAGCCCGGGGUUGGCUCUGGGUGAACCUGGACCCGACCUCUAUCGCAUCGGAUCUCCUUCUGUUCACAAAUGCCGUCCCCGAGGGGGCUGGUUUUUACAGUUUUUUCUGCCUGAGUCAGAGGUGUCCCGAUUUCUUGUCACCCCGCAUAAGUAUGAAGUUUCUUUUUACUGUGCAGGGCUGGACAAUUGCUAUUUCUUGGGCGGUGGUGGGCACUGAUAAUGUCAGGAGAAGUCCUGUAUUCAGAAGUAUGUUUUUGACCACCUCGGUUAUCUUGAUUGAUUAUACUUAUCAAGUACUGAUCGUCCUUGGGUGUUCCCGGUGGUUCCAGGGGAAGCCCAUCUUCGCACCAGCCAGGUUAUUUCAUUUGCUAAGGUGGCAUUCUUUUCCUGCUGCCACCAGGAGUUUCACAAAUUCAGUGAGGUAAUCUGUCUCUAGGUUGUCCAUGGUCAGAGGCUCCUGUGAUGUUUAAUUUAUUUUCAAUUGAUUUUUAUACAUUUUCCCCCUACACAUGAAUUACUUUACAUUACAUAUUACACCUCCACACCAGGAUUUCCCAUUCCCAAACCUUGGCCUGAUGCAGGAGGAGGAGGAGGCUGCAAGGAAGAUGUCCCGGGAGCUUAAAGCAGAGCAGGAGCUGAGCAUGGAGAGCAGGGAGGACAAAUCCCCACACCAGAACCUCGUGGAAGAGGCUGUUUUGAGCGGCUCCACAGCACAAGAACCCAAUGCGGAGGAAAAGCCCCAGAGACCCCACAUGAGGAGGGGCUGCAAACGCCGAUCAUGGGGAUCUGAGGAGGAAAGACCCACCCUGGACCGGGGAGGCGGCCGGAGCUCAGAGCUGGGAGUCCAUGAGCAGGUUCAGGAUGGGGAGAAGCCCCACAAGUGCUCAGAAUGUGGGAAGAGCUUCAAUUUCAGAUCCAAGCUGAUCCGCCACAUGAGAAUCCACGUUGGGGAAGGGCCCUACAUAUGUGGGGAGUGUGGGAAGAGCUUCAGGAUGAACUCUGAACUGACCAUCCACCAGAGAAACCACACCGGGGAACAGCUCUACGAGUGUGAUAAAUGCAGGAAGAGGUUUCGGAGCAGCUCCCGUCUCGUCAGGCAUCAGCGGAGUCACACAGAUGAGAGGCCCUUUUGCUGCCCCCAUUGUGCAAAGAGCUUCAAGGACAAGUUUGUCCUCAUCAUCCACCUGCGCACCCACAGCGGGGAGAGGCCCUACGAGUGUGCUGAGUGUGGAAAGAGCUUCGCCCAGCACUCCACCCUGACUGCCCACCUGAGGACCCACACGGGGGAACGGCCCUACGAGUGUGCUGAGUGUGGGAAGGGCUUCAGGACGAACUCUGAACUGACCAUCCACCAGCGAAGCCACACCGGGGAACGGCCCUAUAAGUGUGAGGAGUGUGGGCAGAGCUUCCACAAGAGCUGCCACCUGACCCGGCACAUGCGAAUCCACACAGGGCUGAAACGGCCAUACAAGCAUGGGGAAUGUAAGUGUGAGCAGUGUGGGAAGAGCUUGAGGUCGAGGUCUGAACUGAUUGUCCACCAGCGGAGCCACACCGGGGAGAGGCCCUUCAAGUGUGAGGAGUGUGGGAAGAGCUUCAUGUCAAAGUCCCACCUGGUUGGCCACCAGAAGAUCCACACUGGGGAGAGGCCCUUCGAGUGCGAUAAAUGCAAGAAGACGUUUCCAAUCAGCUCCAGUCUCAUUCUGCACCAGCAGCUUCACACAGAUGAGAGGCCCUUCCGCUGCCCUGACUGCGGGAAGGGCUUCACCCGCAACUGCAAUCUCGUCACCCACCGGCGCAUCCACACCAGGGAGAGGCCCUAAGAGUGUUCUGAGUGUGGCAAGAGCUUCUCAGAGAGGUCUGCCUUGAGCAGACACCAACAGAGCCACCACUAAGGGCAGCCCUGUGAGUGCCCCAAAUGCAGGAACAGCUUCGUUCCCGUGACAUCCUUUGUCUUCUGAUUUUGGUCCUUUCCCCCCACUUUGAUAUUUUUCCCUCUGUUUUGGAUCCUUUCCCCCUCUUUUGCAUCCCUUCUCCCUAUUUUGUGUCUUUUCCUCCCUAUUUUGGAUCCUUUCUCUGUCCUUUGGGUCCUUUCGCUGUUUUGGGUCACUUCUCCCUUAUUUAGGGUCUGUUCCCCCCUAUUUUGGAUCCUUUCCCUAUUUUCCAUCCUUCCUCCCAAUUAUGGGCAUCCUCCCCUUUGACUUUGGCAAAUUUUUGGGUGCAUCCCACCCUCCAACCCUCUCCCUACCCCUUAACCCCUCACCCCCUUCCCCUCAGGUGUGUCCUCAGUUGUGUCCCCAGCCGCCCCUCCACACCACAUGGACUCAGUGCUCACCAUCCUGGAUGCCCUUGAGUCCCCAGCCCAGGACUGUGGAUCUCCUUUUCCAGGAGUUCCAGAGCUGGCCUGGCUUCCAGGGGACACCAGUGACACUGGGGCUCGGGGUUGGUGACCUGGCAGGGUUGCUGGGAUGGGGUUUGGGGUCAUCUUGGCACUGACCGAGGGUCUUGUCCACUCUGUAGUGAGGAGUGGCCCUGGCCGGAGAGUAUGGGAUGGAUGGGGCAGGAGAGGUUGGACCCUGGUCCAGAUGGACACGAGACCAUGGAUCCCACUCUGGAUGGACACUGGUCCAGAUGGACACCAGACCAUGGAUCCCAGCUGGACACUGGUCUGAACAGCACCUGGCCCUGCAGCCCCCCAGCCUGGCCAUACCCUGGACCACACUACUGUCCCACACCACUGUCCCACCAGCCCAUCCCAGUAGCCCCCAACCCAAAAUCUCCCAAAAUAAACCCAAUUCCAGAACAUCAGCUCCACAUGGUCCCUGCAGAGUGAGAGGGAAACUGAGGUGAGGGCUGGGGGAUGACUUUGGGGUGAUUGGAAGGGAUUUGGGACCCACCCUGGAGACCCCAGAAUGAGCACCCACCCCUCAGAUUGUCACCACAGCAUCCAAGUCCCCCCAGCUGUCACAUCAGGGGGACUCGAGGAGCCGCUGUGACCCUGCAGUCCCUUUGAGAGGUGACCCAUGGUGUCCCCUCGGUGUCACCGGUGUGUCCCCAGUGGGAGCCGCGGCAUCACCUCCUGGCGCACAGGUGAAGGAGGAGGAGGUUGGGGUGGGGGAGUGCAGGGUCGCACAGCAUCCUUGGGGGGGUGGAAGUGGUGAGGGAGACCCUGAAAUGUGGUCAACCCCCCUCCUGUAGGAUGUGGGUCACCCCUCUCUCUGUGGGGCACUGGUGGCAAACUGGUGGGUGACGGUGACAAAAAGAGCAAGUGCCACUUCUGGGAUGUACCAGAAAGGGGGUCCUGUGGUGCCACCAAUACCCUCCCCGCAGAGGGGAUGACAAAGGGAGAAUCAGAGGGGUCUCCAGGGUGUGGGGGAGGGAGGGGAAGAUGCGACGGGGGCGCAAAAGAAACAACUCCAGUCCCACACGGGGGUGGCAGUGAUAGUGGAGCCCUGGAAAAAGUUAAAGAUAGAAUCUAAAAUGUUAAGCUUUGUGUUUUUCCAGAUCAACUGCACCUGCAUAAGCAGU